AUGAAUCGAUUGAUUCAAAUUUCGCGCCGGAAUUUUGGAUUGGCUCGAAAAUGUUUGGCUGUUGAAGGAGACGCUUUUCGGCUUGAUGAAUAUAGUGGGAAGUAUUUGGGACAUCGAAAAGUGGGUUUUUGAUCAAAUUUGGAGCAAAAUGAGCCUAAACAUGCUCAGGAAAUUCAAAAUUCAAAUUUUUCAUCAAAUUUGGAGCAAAAUGAGCCUAAACAUGCUCAGGAAAUUGAAAAUUCAAUUUUUUCAUGAAAUUUGGAGCAAAAAUGAGCCUAAACAUGCUCAGGAAAUUGAAAAUUCAAAUUUUUCAUCAAAUUUGGAGCAAAAUGAGCCUAAACAUGCUCGAAAUCAGAGAAUUUUGAAUUUUUCUGAUUUUCCCAAGCUCCGCCCAUUUUUGCAAUUUGCCGCAUGCUUUUCUGAUAUACAAAAGGUGUGCCAGGCUUGCAAAAUAAGCCACGCCCACAGUUAUGAUCAGAAUUGUGGGCGUGGCUUAUUCUGCAAGCCUGGCACACACUUUUUGUAUAUCAGAAAAGCAUUGCAAAGGGCGGAGCUUGGGAAAAUCAGAAAAUUUCUGAUUUCAAGCAUGUUUGGGCUCAUUUUGCUCCAAAUUUGAUGGAAAAUUUGAAUUUUGAAUUUUCUGAGCAAGUUUAGGCUCAUUUUGCUCCAAAUUUUCACCCGAAAAUUUGCCACGUCAUAACUCAAUUUGUUUUCAGGUAAACUUCACCGAAAAACUCGAAAUCAUCGAUGCCAACAAGACGGCCGCGAUUCCAAUUUACCGUGUCACAAAUGCGGUCGGCGAUGUGAUAGAUCAAAGUCAGGAUCCGAAAUUCGACAAAGAUCAGGCGCUGAAAAUGUACAAGACGAUGACGAAAUUGAACAUUUUGGACAAGAUUUUGUACGAUUCGCAAAGACAGGGCCGAAUUUCGUUUUAUAUGACCAGUUUUGGAGAGGAGGUGAGAAAUUUUCGAGCAAAAUGAGCUCAAACAUGCUCAGAAAAGACAAAAUUCAAGUUUUUCAUGAAAUUUGGAGAAAAAUGAGCCCAAACUUGCUCUAGAUCUCUCAAUUUUCGCUUCCAGGCAAACCACGUUGGCUCAGCUUCAGCUCUCGAACCUCAAGAUCUAAUCUAUGGUCAAUAUCGUGAAGCUGGUGUUCUUUUAUGGCGUGGAUUUAGUCUAUCUCAAUUUAUGAAUCAGUGUUAUGGAAAUUCGGAAGAUAUCAGUAAAGGUAAUGAAAUUUCGCUAAAAAUUUGAAUUUUUCGUGAAAUUUGGAGCAAAAUGAGCACAAAAAUGCUCAGAAAAUUAAAAAUUCAAGUUUGUCUUCAAAUUUGGAGCAAAAUGAGCCCACACAUGCUUGAAAUCAGAAAAUUUUGAAUUUUCAAAGCUCCGCCUAUUUUUGCAAUUUGCGGCAUGCUUUUCUGAUGUACAAAAAGUGUGCCGAGCUUGCAAAAAUGGGCGGAGCUUUGAAAAUUCGAUUAAAAUUCAAAAUUUUCUGAUUUCAAGCAUGUUUGGGCUCAUUUUGCUCCAAAUUUGAUGAAAAACUGGAAUUUUGCAGAAAUUAAUUAGCCUAAUUAAUAAAUUUUCGCAGGCCGUCAAAUGCCAAUUCAUUUCGGAUCAAAUGAGCUGAACUUUGUCACAAUCUCAUCACCUCUAACAACACAACUUCCACAAGCUGUCGGUUCAGCUUAUGCAUUCAAAAGACAACCAAACAAUAAUCGAAUUGCUGUUGUGUAUUUUGGAGAUGGAGCUGCUUCCGAAGGUGAUGCACAUGCUGCAUUCAAUUUUGCUGCCACUUUGGUGCGUCACAGAUUUUUAAUCAAAAUAUAUGUUUUCUGGCAGUUUUCGGCCCAAAAUAUGUGAAAUUUUCAGUUUUUAGGUCCAAAAUUCACUAAAAAUUGAAGAUUUUCAAACUGCAAUCGAUAUUUUUUAUCAAAAUAUAUGUUUUCUAGUAUUUUCCAACCCACUGAUCACAAUUCCAUUGUUAAAAAUUGCAAAUCUCAAAUCCUAAUAUGAGUUAUUGGGAGAUUAGAACUGAUUUCAGAUUUCGAAAUGAUUUUAAUGAAAAUCUAAUAGCACAGGGUUGUUCAGAAGAAAAAAUAACAUAUAUUUUUGGGUCUCGCAGCGAAAAAUUGAUUUUUCCUGGGAUUUUUGAUGAUUUUCUAGGUCCUGUGUGGAAUUUUCACUAUUUUCUGGGUCCUGAAGCGAAAAAAGCCUUAAUUUGCUCUUCAAGACCCGGAGAACAGUGAAAAUUCCACACAGGACCUAGAAAAUCAUCAAAUUUUGCUCCAAGACUUAGAAAAUCACCAAAAAUCCAAGGCAAAAUUAAUUUUUCGCUGCAAGACCCAAAAAUAUAUGUAAUUAUUUCUUCCGAACAACCCUAUGCUAUCAAAUUUUCAUGAAAAUCAUUUUGAAAUCUAGUUCUGACCUCCCAAAGCCAUUUAGGAUUUGAGAUUUGCAAUUUUUGACAAUGGAAUUGGGAUCAGAGGGUUGGAAACUACUAGAAAAUAUAUAUUUUGAUAAAAAUCUCUUUUUAGUGAAUUUUGGACCUGAAAAUCGAGUUUCUUAUGAUAUUUUGUGCCGAAAAUCCACCUUGAAAACCGAUUUUUCAAGUUGAAAAACGUUUUAUUGAGCUAUGACGUGACAAUUUUUGCAGACUUGCCCCAUCAUUUUCUUCUGCCGUAACAAUGGUUAUGCAAUUUCUACACCAACCAGUGAACAAUAUGGUGGAGAUGGUAUUGCUGGAAAAGGUCCAGCCUAUGGUUUGCACACUAUUAGGUAGGUCUGAAAUUUUCAGCCAAAAAUAUCUGAAAUUUAAAAAAAAAUGUUUGUAGAGUCGAUGGAAAUGAUCUUCUCGCAGUUUACAAUGCAACUAAAGAAGCCCGUAAAUUGGCGCUUCAAAAUAAGCCGGUUUUGAUUGAAGUUAUGACAUAUCGAUUGGGACAUCAUUCAACUUCUGAUGAUUCUACUGCAUAUAGGUAAUUUGAAUUUUUUGAAUUUGAAAAAUUUGGCGCGAAAAUGUCCACGUGGAAGAAUUUUGAGCGCGAAAUUUUGAAAAUUUGCCAGCAAAAAUCCACGCGGAAGAAUUUUGAGCGCGAAAAUUUGAAAUUCAAAAAUUUGAAAAUUUGCCAGCAAAAAUCCACGUGGAAGAAUUUUGAGCGCGAAAUUUUGAAAUUCAAAAAUUUGAAAAUUUGCCAACAAAAAUCCACGUGGAAGAAUUUUGAGCGCGAAAAUUUGAAAUUCAAAAAUUUGAAAAUUUGCCAGCAAAAAUCCACGUGGAAGAAUUUUGAUCGCGAAAUUUUGAAAUUCAAAAAAUUUGAAAAUUUGCCAGAAAAAAUCCACGUGGAAGAAUUUUGAACGCGAACAUUUGAAAUUAAAAAAUUUGAAAAUUUGCCAGCAAAAAUCCACGUGGCCGAAUUUUAAGCGCGAAAAUUUGAAAUUCAAAAAUUUGAAAAUUUGCCAUCAAAAAUCCACGUGGAAGAAUUUUUAGCGCGAAAAUUUGAAAUUCAAAAAUUUGAAAAUUUACCAGCAAAAAUCCACGUGGAAGAAUUUUGAGCGCGAAAAUUUGAAAUUCAAAAAUUUGAAAAUUUACCAGCAAAAAUCCACGUGGAAGAAUUUUGAGCGCGAAAAUUUGAAAUUCAAAAAUUUGAAAAUUUACCAGCAAAAAUCCACUUGGAAGAAUUUUGAGCGCGAAAAUUUGAAAUUUGAAAUUUAGGUUAAAAAUGCCAUUUUUCAACCGAAAUUUUUUGAAAAAUCGGUAAUUUUAUUUUGAUUUAAAAAAUCCACGUGGAAGAAUUUUGAGCGCGAAAGUUUGAAAUUCAAAAAUAAAAAUUGCAUUUUUCAACCAAAAAUCUCUGAAAAAUCGGAAAUUUCUACUGAAAUUAAAAAACCCACGUGGCCGAAUUUUUGAGCGCGAAAAUUUGAAAAUUUGAAAUUUGUUUUCUUGAAAUUAAUUUUAGGUCCAAAAAUUUUCGAUAUAAAAGUGCGUUUUUCAACCGAAAAUCUUUGAAAAAAUCACAUUUCAUCGUGAAAAAUCCGAAUUUUUUCCUGAAAUCAAAUCCAGAUCUCAAAAAUUUUCAGAUCAGCUGAAGAAGUCGAAUCAUGGGGUGACAAAGAUCAUCCAAUAACUCGUUUCAAAAAAUACAUCAGCGAAAAUGGCUGGUGGAAUGAGGAAGACGAAAAAACGUGGCAAAAUGAGGUGAAAAAAGAUGUGUUGCGUGAAUUUGGAGCCGCCGAAAAACGAAAACUUGCACAUUAUCAUGAGCUUUUCGAUGAUGUUUAUGAUGUUUUGCCGGAAAGAUUGAGAAGACAACGAGAUGAAUUGGAUAAACAUAUUGAGGAAUAUAAGGAACAUUAUCCGGUUGAUCGCAUUUUGGAGAAGAAAUUGUAG